GCGGGGUCUUCCUGCCCCCGGCGGAGCGACGCGUGGGGAGAUUCUCCUGCGAGGCGCGGCGAGUUCGUUCUUGGUCUUCUUUGAGUUUGUUUACUUACGGUUCGCGUCCUCUCCUCUGGAUUGCCCUUCUGGUCGCGUAGCGGAUCCGUAGAGUUGCUUGGAUGGUUGUCUUAUGGAACAUUUUUUUCUCUGAAAACAUUGCUGCUAAAAAGCUCCAAACAGGAGAAGUAAAUUCAGUCAGCUUGCCAGGCCACUGGCUCAGUGUACAAGCGCUUUCAUGAGGUAACAUUGGGCCAAAGUCAGCUUUUCUUUCUCCUUGGUAAAUCUGCAGCCAAGCAAUGGGCCAGAAAAUCUCAGGGAGCAUAAAGUCUGUGGAUGUGAGGGAGCCCCCUUUUAGGCCAGUGAAGCGAGAGCUGAGAGGCCCGGAUUUCUGUAAGCCUGCACGGCUGGACAUGUUGUUGGAUAUGCCCCCUGCAAAGCUGGAGAUCCAGUACAAACAUGCUUGGAACAACGAAGAUCGCUCUUUAAAUAUAUUCGUAAAGGAAGAUGAUAAACUGACUUUUCACAGACACCCCGUGGCCCAAAGCACAGAUUGCAUCCGAGGCAAAGUCGGCUACACAAGAGGCCUCCAUGUCUGGCAAAUCCACUGGCCCACGAGGCAGCGGGGGACUCACGCCGUGGUGGGAGUCUCCACAGCCGAAGCACCGCUGCACUCAGUGGGGUACACGUCACUGGUGGGCAGCAACAGUGAGUCGUGGGGCUGGGAUCUGGGACGCAACAAACUUUAUCACAAUUGUAAAAACCAGCCUGGGGUCACGUAUCCUGUCUUUUUGGAACCGGAUGAGUCUUUUGUACUCCCAGACUCCUUACUGGUGGUUUUGGAUAUGGACGAAGGAACGCUCAGCUUUAUGGUAGAUGGACAGUAUCUUGGAGUGGCCUUCAGAGGACUAAAAGGGAAAAAACUUUACCCCAUAGUCAGUGCGGUUUGGGGGCACUGUGAAAUUACAAUGAGAUACAUCAAUGGACUUGACCCGGAGCCCCUGCCUUUAAUGGACUUGUGCCGAAGAUCAAUUCGUUUUGCUCUUGGCAGAGACCGCCUGCAUGACAUAGAAAUUCUACCUUUGCCUCUGUCUCUGAAAAAUUAUUUACAAUAUCAAUAAGACGUCUGGAACCCUCCGGCCUCACAUUGGACUACAUCAAUGCAAAUAGCAGAAAAUUGUUUACAGCAAAACAUAAAUUUUCGUGAUGGACACUUAAGCGUUAUUUAAUUUUUAAUAUAUAUAUUUUUUUCUGAAUCAGUGAAAGCGGAUCACUGUGGGGGACUACUAAAGAAUGUGAAAACAUUGAUUUGAUCAAGAUUCAUGUGCUAUCUGUUGCCUGUUGUGUUUACAGUCCUGAAAGCCAUUAUCCUAAGCUGUCAUAUAUUGGUUUAUUGUUGAUGCCUCUAGUAAAUGCCAAUAGAAAAUCUGACCUGCAAGAUCCCCUGUCAUGCAGGACAGAGCAUUCUUCAAUAAUGUGGGUUUUUGUUUUUUUUUUCUUUUUUUCUUUCCUUCUUUCUUUCUUUCUUUCUUUCUUUCUCUGUUCUAUACCCUACCCCUCUAUAAUCAGUUAGCAAAGGAGAACUUGAAAAAUGCUUAAAUCUGACCUUUGGUAUCCAGAGUUGUUAAGAGCUUUGAGUGUUCCUGGCAUAAUCAGCCUGUAACACUUAAAAGCUCUGACAUUAGGGGAGGAAAAAGGAAAAAAAAAAAAAGGAAGAAAGCAAGCACGUUGUCUAGAAGAAUGUGUGAUUUAAAACAUGAAAGGAAAAAUCUGAUAUAUGUGUCUGAAAGGUCAGUUUUUUGACAUGGUAAGUGAGAUACAGUCCAUUGCUUUCAAGACCAAAUCUAGUCCCUCCAAAGUUCUGCAGUCUGUAGCGAAGUACUCACUACCCCAAGAAUUCAGGAUGCUAAUAUUUUAGACAGCUUGUCACUUCUUUUUUGAACAAAUUUAUAAUUUUUAUGUGGUAUGAACUCUAAAUACUUGGUUCUCUUCUCAGUGUAUGUGUGGCUAUAAUGUUUAUUUAUCCCUUUAGAAUCUGUGGUGUUCUCAUUUAACUGUUUCCCAUCUUGGGGGUUACUGAUUUUGUGUUGUUUUUUUUUUUUCUUUUUCCCAACUUCACCUGAAAUGUUAUUAAUUUUUCAGGCUCAUCCCAUUUUUAAGAUGCUGCUUUCUGUUUGCAUUUCUUACAUGUUUCAGAUUAUCAGCCUCAUCAGUUACCUAGUUUUUAAACUGGAAGUUGUUGCUAUGGCAGGAUGUCAAAUGUUUAGACUGAGCUGCCUUCAGCAUAUUUUAAUGUGAAUUUACUGACGAAUGAAGAGAAAAUUUCUAAUAAAGUCUACUGUCCAAAAUAAAA